GUGGUGUUUGGACACUAGACCAUGUGCCUAGGUAGUUUUUCCUUUCUCCGCAGCUCUACUCCCCCAGCAACGCUCACCACACCCUUGUUUUGAGAACCUCACUAAGCAGGUUUGAGCCAGCCAGUUUCAUCUUUCAUCUAAGUCCCUUGCCAGCAUCCAGCCAUGGGGGAUAUGAAAACCCCAGAUUUUGAUGACCUUCUGGCUGCCUUCGACAUCCCAGACCCUACCAGCCUUGAUGCCAAGGAGGCCAUCCAGGCUCCCAGUGAGGAGAAUGAGAGUCCCCUCAAGCCAUCAGGCAUGUGUAUAGAUGAGAGUGUGUCCUUGUCUCACUCAGGAUCAGCUCCAGAUGUGCCAGUCGUGAGUGUCAUUGUCAAGAACACCAGCCGUCAGGAGUCAUUUGAAGCAGAGAAAGACCACAUUGCUCCCAGCCUCCUCCACAAUGGAUUCCGGGGCUCAGACCUGCCUCCAGACCCCCACAACUGUGGAAAAUUUGAUGCUACUUUCAUGAAUGGAGACAGUUCUCGGAGUUUCCCUGGGAAGCUGGAGCCUCCCAAGUCAGAGCCAUUACCCACCUUCAACCAGUUCAGUCCAAUUUCCAGCCCAGAACCUGAGGAUCCCAUCAAAGAUAAUGGGUUUGGGAUAAAGCCUAAACAUUCUGACAGUUAUUUCCCACCCACUCCUGGGUGCGGGGCUGUGGGGGGUCCAGUCCUGGAAGCUUUGGCCAAGUUUCCAGUCCCAGAGCUGCACAUGUUUGAUCACUUUUGUAAGAAAGAACCGAAGCCAGAACCCCUGUCUCUAGAGAGCCACGAGGAGCGUGAGCGAGUUGGGCCGAAGGUGGAGCCUCAGGAGGAGCUGGAUUCCAGUCGAUUCUUUGGAGAAGCUCUGGGUUUCAAUAGUCACCCUAGCAACAGUAUCGGAGAGCCUAAGAAACUUGUCCCAGAUCUUGGUACCCGCUCAUCAGUCCCCCCUAGGCAGCGUCUUAAGCCCGCUCAUUCCAAAUUGUCCUCUUGUGUUGCAGCCUUGGUGGCCCUGCAAGCAAAAAGGGUGGCUAGUGUUACCAAGGAGGAUCAGUCUGGCCACACAAAGGAUCCCUCUGGGCCCACUAAAGAGGGUUCUAAAGGCAGCCCCAAAAUGCCCAAGUCACCAAAGAGUCCCCGGAGCCCUCUGGAGGCCACUAGAAAAAGUAUCAAGCCAUCAGACAGCCCUCGGAGCAUUUGCAGUGACAGCAGUAGCAAAGGCUCCCCUUCAGUGGCUGCCAGCUCCCCACCAGCAAUUCCCAAAGUUAGAAUCAAAACCAUUAAAACAUCAUCAGGGGAGAUCAAACGGACAGUUACCAGGAUUUUGCCAGACCCUGAUGAUCCAAGUAAGUCCCCUAUCGGGUCACCUGUAGGGAGUGCCAUUGCUGAGGCCCCAAGCGAGGUGCCAGGGGAUGAGGGUACAGCUGUGCCUGUAGAGGAGCACUUUCCUGAGGUAGGCAUAAAUUCAGGGAGUCCCCAGAGUGACAAGAAAGAAGAUGAAAGCAUUUCAAAGGCUGUUGACUCUACAUCUCCCUGCUGUAGCUCUGGGCCCCGGGUCCCAAAGGGGGCUGCCUCCAGCUCACAGGUGGGCAGGAAGCAACAGAGCACAGCACUGCAGGCAUCAACCCUGGCCCCUGCCAAUCUUCUGCCCAAAGCCGUGCACCUGGCCAACCUGAACCUGGUCCCCCACAGUGUUGCUGCAUCUGUGACGGCCAAGUCCUCAGCCCAGAGACGGAACCAGCCUCAGCUUACACAAAUGUCGGUGCCCCUGGUCCACCAGGUGAAAAAGGCUGCCCCUCUGAUUGUGGAGGUCUUCAAUAAGGUCCUCCACAGUUCCAACCCUGUGCCCCUCUACGCGCCAAAUCUCAGCCCACCUGCAGACAGCAGGAUCCACGUGCCGGCCAGUGGGUACUGCUGCCUGGAGUGUGGAGACGCAUUUGCCUUAGAGAAGAGUCUAAGCCAGCACUAUGGCCGGCGGAGUGUCCACAUUGAGGUGCUGUGCACACUGUGCUCCAAGACACUGCUCUUCUUCAACAAGUGCAGCCUGCUCCGUCAUGCCCGUGACCACAAGAGCAAGGGGCUCGUCAUGCAGUGUUCUCAGCUGCUUGUGAAACCCAUCUCUGCGGACCAGAUGUUCGUGUCGGCUCCUGCAAACUCCACGGCACCAGCAACCCCAGCCCCUUCCUCCUCCCCCAAACAUGGCCCCACUUUGGGCAGUACCAGCCCCAGUCCCCCACCUCCAGCCUUUCCUCUUUACCCAGACCCUGUGAGGCUCAUCCGGUAUGGAACCAAAUGUCCUGAAUGUCACAAGCAAAUGAGGGACUACAUGGUCCUGGCUGCACAUUUCCAGAGGACAACAGAGGAAACCGAGGGGCUGACCUGCCAGGUGUGCCAGAUGCUGCUGCCCAACCAGUGCAGUUUCUGUGCCCACCAGCGGAUUCAUGCACACAAGUCCCCCUACUGCUGUCCAGAGUGUGGGGUCCUUUGUCGCUCUGCCUACUUCCAGACCCAUGUAAAGGAGAAUUGCCUGCACUAUGCCCGUAAGGUGGGCUACAGGUGUAUCCACUGUGGUGUUGUCCACCUGACCUUGGCCUUGCUGAAAAGCCACAUCCAGGAGCGACACUGUCAGAUUUUCCACAAAUGUGCAUUCUGCCCCAUGGCCUUCAAGACUGCCAGCAGUACUGCGGACCACAGUGCCACCCAGCACCCCACACAGCCCCACAGACCCUCCCAGCUCAUUUAUAAGUGCUCCUGUGAAAUGGUCUUCAACAAGAAGAGGCACAUUCAGCAGCAUUUUUACCAGAAUGUCAGCAAGGCGCAGGCAGGCGUCUUCAAGUGCCCUGAGUGUCCACUCCUAUUCCUACAGAAGCCAGAGUUGAUGCAACACGUCAAGAGCACCCACGGUGUUCCCCGAAACGUGGACGAGCUAUCAAGCCUCCAGUCUUCAGCGGACACGUCCUCCAGCCGCCCUGGCUCCCGAGUUCCCACUGAGUCCCCAGCUACCAGUGUGGCUGGACGGGGGAGUUCCCUGCCCUCUGGCCGCUGGGGUAGGCCCGAAGCCCAUCGCAGGGUUGAAGCUAGGCCUCGGCUGAGGAACACUGGCUGGACCUGCCAGGAGUGCCAGGAAUGGGUUCCCGAUCGAGAAAGCUAUGUGUCCCACAUGAAAAAGAGUCAUGGUCGGACAUUGAAGCGGUACCCGUGUCGGCAGUGUGAACAGUCGUUCCACACCCCUAACAGCCUGCGCAAACACAUCCGCAACAACCAUGACACAGUAAAGAAGGUCUAUACUUGUGGGUACUGCUCUGAGAACAGCCCCAGCUUUCCUCGGCCGUCACUCCUAGAGAGCCACAUCAGCCUUAUGCAUGGUAUCAGAAACCCUGACUUGAGCCAGACAUCCAAAGUCAGACCUCCAGGUGCACAUUCCCCUCAGGUGAACCAUCUGAAAAGACCAGUCAGCGCAGCAGGGAAUGCUCCAGGCACCAGCAAUGGCACGACUGUCUCUUCCAACAAAAGGCACAAGUCUCUUUUUCAGUGUGCAAAAUGUAGCUUUGCCUCAGACUCGGGGCUCGAGUUUCAGAGCCACAUACCUCAGCACCAGGUGGACAGCUCCACAGCCCAGUGUCUUCUCUGUGGCUUGUGCUAUACCUCUGCCAGCUCUCUCAGUCGCCAUCUCUUCAUUGUCCACAAAGUGAGAGACCAGGAGGAAGAGGAAGAGGAGGAGGAGAUAGUGGAAGUGAAGGUGGAGGCAGCAGAACCGGAGGAGGGCUCUGGGGAGGAGGUGGCCAUGGAAACUAGAGAAAAUGGACUAGAAGAAUAUGCUGGUGAGCCUUUGUCGGCUGAUCCAGGGGCAAGGAGAUCAUUAGGCCUGGCCCCAGAGGAGGACAGUGCCCAAGAUGCUCAGAGUCAACCCCAGGCCUCUCAGGACCAGGACAGCCAUGCACUAUCCCCUCAGGUGUGACUGGAAGCUUUGCAAUGUGUGCGGUCAGGAUGGGCCACGGUAUCCUUCACCUGCCGUGCAGACUGUGGGAAAUAAAAGGCUCUGCCCUGGUGUGUGCAUGGCCACUGUGCCCUAGAGCAGUGUCUGCUCUGAGCUGUGGGUCCUGGGUGUCUCCUUACCCCAGGAAAUAUGGGGUCACCUAGGACCCUCACAGCUCUGAAUUUGCUUCUGUUAUUUAUGCCUUUGUGCUGCUUCUUGGUACCCCAACUCUUGUCUGUGUCCUUCCAACCCCAGGCUGCUGUGUGGCCCAACUCCAGUGCUGUCAACUCAGCUCGAAACCCCUCUGCGUCUGCUCUUCUAGGAGGCUCCUGCUUGCUGCCUUUAGCCAGGAGACUCCUCAGAGCUCUAUUUGCCUGCAGAUACUAGCUCUCCUUCCUUCCUUCAGAGUCUGAGAAGGAGCAGAAUGAGGGGUGCUGACAGUCCCUCUAGGAGAGCUCUUCCCAGCCUGGCUUGGCCAGGGCCCUUGGUCAUUUUGCCCUUCCUUCCUGUCUUUGAUUCUUUUCCUCAAAAAUAGUCUCGAGAACUAAUUGUUACACUGGCUCAUCAUGUCUCUGUGGGUGGGAGAAACUUCAGCACACCCCUGUUUGAAACCAGGGACAGCAGGAGGUAUGGCAAAGGCAGGUGCCGAGAGCCAGAUCUCCUUCAGAAGGAGCUGUGGGUGGGUCUUUGCACUGCUGCUGUCUGCCUUCCUUGACAAGUGGGGUUCGGGGCACACAGACAUUGGAAUAUUUGUAUUCUUGCUCCUGUGCCAUUAGAGAGGCUGCUGCCCCAGGCAGACCAGCCCUCCUCCUCUCGGCUACACUCAUGUUGCUCAGACUAUAUUUCAAAUAAAAAAAUCUUCUUACCAUACAGGUAGGCUCUUGUAUUCCUCUUCAAGUGAGCCUGGCCCUUCCCUGCUCCACCUGAGGGUCUAUCCCCCAGACUUCCGUUGUUUAUUCCAUCUCUGAGGGAAAAAAAUGCUUCCUAUUGUCUGAGGAAGAUCCUCUAGAUUCUGGCACUUGUGGUGAGGAAACCAGGAACCCCAUACUUCUUGGUUCUCUAGAGACCUUCUGAAGGAACAGGGGGAGGUCUCAGUGCCAGUCAAGUCACCUUCCAGGUCUCCCCUGGGCUAGUGCCUUAAGGCCUAUCAAACUUCUCUGAGCGUCUCCAUCUUUCUUACAUAGUAAUUUUCAACCUAGUGUAACCUUCUGCUGGUAAAGGGAUGAACAGGAGGAAUUCUGUAAUUCUCUGGCAGCAUUCGAGACCUUGGUCUGUUUUCUGCCACAGAGAACUCAGAUGUGGCAGAAUAGGGAUUAGACUGGGGAGGUAAGUCUGUCCUUUCACUGGUGGUGGAUUUAGAACCUGCCCAAGCACAAGGAGUAGGCUGUCCUCUGUCAUCUGACCCAAGUGGCCUGGGCCCAGGCCCAGUAGGAUCUAGUACUGGCUAAGUACUCAGAGGUGAUCUUUAAGGGGAGGCAAUUAUAAAUUAAGUCAGAUAAAUAUGUCUUUCCACAAUUGAAAAAACAACACAUUUUUUUCUUCUAUCAAAUGCCAAAUUUUUGAUGGAAAUGCUAAUGGCAGUGGGAAAGGUUAGCACUUGCUCAGUUUCAGAGAGAUUUUGGCCAUCUGUACCAUUUUAAUGAUUGCUGUUUCUGGCAAGUCCACCAUGGUCCCUGCUUUCAAAGCUGGCAGUAAGGGCAAGUUGGCCCUGUUUCUGGCUGCCUGCAAAGCCAGAGCAAGCCCCUGCUUAGCUAUUGUCCCUUUCCUAAUUCCAAUUGCAGGGAGCUAGCCCUGUGCCCUAGGUCCAUUUGCAAAAACAGGUUCUGGAGGAAGGAGACAGAUAAAGGUGUUUGAAGUGGAUGGCUGAAUUCCUUUCUGCUUAGAAACAUGGUAGCUAGAGCACAGGCAGAGACCCAGACCCGUCUCUCCUCCUAGUGUGGAAGAAUGUGAGCUGCCCACUGGGAAUCCUGGGUCAUGACCUAGAUUCUGCCCUUAACCAACUCUCAACCAUGGGCCUCUCUCCUUCAAAAUGUAACUAGUAAUUCUUACUCAACUCCCUUCAUAGGCUUUUAUGAGAUCAUGAAUGUGCCCAUACUUCUAGUUUAUAUAAAGCUAUAUGAACAUGGGGAAUCCAUACUUGAAGGCUUGGAGAGUGGCACAUGCCUUCCAGUCACAGCUGUAUGCUGACUUUAGUUCAGAAUUGGCCUGGCACAGCUCCAUUAUUUAGUAGUAGAGAUGAUAGAGUUGUAAGCCCCACUCACAUGCCCAACAUCUUGCUUGACACUUUUUGAUGACUCUCUAAUUUAACCCUCACAAAGAUCUCAGUUAUCCCCCAUUUUACAGAGAAGAAAACUGAGACUCAGAUUGAAUGAUGGACAUGUUGGGCUACUUGUGGUGACAGUACAAGUGAGUCAAACCUGUCAAACCACUGUGCUGCCUUAGUGACCAAAGCUAUUUAGGCUGGCUGCCUCAGCUCAUCAGUGGUUUGCAGACAUCCUGAAGUCCACUUUUCUGCUUCUCAGAGAGUUGGGGUGCCCCACAAGUGCCGGGUUCUCUUCAGAGUCCAUCUAUGCCUUGUCACCCUGUGCAUCGCACCUGCUUGUGAGGUCCUAAAGUACAUGCAGUGUCUACAAACAUUCAUUCUCAUGGGGAUUCACUUUGCCAUUUGAAUACCAUCAAUUUUUUUAAGGAUUGUCUAGAAAAUGUUGCCUAACCUUCAUAGGGUACACAUGGUUCCCUCAGAGUCCAGUAUCUUCUGAUCUUCUUUUUCAUGAUUUUUUUUAAUGGUUGUGCUAUCAUUUGUCAUCAUCAGAGAAUGCUUGCUGUAACAGGCACUUAACUGCUGCAGUGAAUGCUCUGCUGAUCAAGUUAAACAGAUAAGAUGCCUGCUCUGUACAAACUAUCAUUUAAUACACUCUGAAGCUUGACAAAUGACUAGUAUUUAUUCUCCAACUGCUUUAUCUCUGUAAAAUGAUAUGCUGAAUUACUAUGAGCUAAUUGUUGUAGAAAGAACUUUCAACUUAUGUAAACAGUCUGGAUUCUAAAACAUACUAGUUGUGGCCCAACAAGUUCCAUAUUUUGCCUCCCCCAAGACUAAGGAACUUCUGUCCUGUUCACCACUGUAUAUGCAGUACCAGGCUGUUUCUUUUAUUUUUUGUUUGUUUUGAAAAAUUAAUACAUAUACAUGGUAAGACAUUCAACAAUAAAUAUAAGGGUAUACAAUAAAAAGUAAACUCCCAAAGGAGGUCAGCCUCCAGUCCCCUCUCCAAAGUUAAUCACUGUUAUUGAUAUCUUGUAUAUCCUUUCAGAGCAAUUCUAUGCAUUUAAAAAUUUAUAAAUAUGUAUAUUUAUAUAUCUAUUUUUAAUACAAAUGGUAGCAUUCUGUA